UCAUUUUCACCAAAAAAAAAAAAAAAAGUGGUGGAAAUGCGAGGGAAGCCCGGUGUCCCCCACAAACCAAACCCAGCAAAGAGAAUGGGAUUAACCCUGGCAGCCUGAACCCACCAUGAAGAUUCCGUCCGCUUCCGAGCUGCCUGAACCCACCAGCUGUGAGACCUCUUUCCGACGCCUGAACCCUAGCAGCCACGUGAGAAGUCCUCGUCCCCGACCAUUUCAAACCAAAUCGAGCGGUGGAGAGUAAAUUUUGAAACCCUAGCCAGCAACCUCUCAUUCCGUCCAAGGAGCCAUUCCUCCUUCCCACCGAUUGGAGAUGAAGAUAAUAUGUGCAGCUGAAAGAUUUGGGUUUCUCGCAGUGUCUGUAAUUUUUUGAAAACUCCAAGGCUGGGCUUGCUAUGGAUUCAGACAUAGAGCUCUCUGAUAACAAGCAUGAUGAGGUAAGCGUUGAUGAUGGGCAAGACAACAACAAUGAAACUAUUGAAGAACCUAAGAUUGGAAUGUUAUUUUCAACUGAAGAAGAAGUUCGGUCUUACUAUAUGAAGUAUGCUAAGCAUAAGGGGUUUGGGGUGCGUAGAAGGAAUUCUAAACAGGGAGACGAUGGGAAGGUUAGAUGGUUUACCUUGGUAUGUGCGCGACAAGGCACACCAAAGAGUCAGGCUACCAAUUUUCUCAGGCCAAGACAAACAGAGAGGAUAGGGUGUAAGGCUAGGAUUAAUGCAAUUUUAAAUGAUGAAGGUGGAUAUACCUUGUCUAGUGUAAUAUUGGAACACACACAUGUUUGUAGUCCAGAAAAGGCAAGACAUUUCAGAUGUUUUAAGAAGGUAGAUGCUCGUGUAACUAAGGGGCUUGAAAUAAAUAAUGCAACAGGAAUAUGUAUGGGAAAGAACUUCAAGUCUUCAGCUGUUGAAUCAGGGGGGUACGAGAAUGUGCCAUUAGGAGAAAAGGAGUGUCGAAACUAUAUUGAUAAUGCACAACUUCGUCUUGGGGUUGGAGGUGCUGAAGCUCUUCGUAAUUACUUCAGAGAAAUGCAUAAAAAAAAUUCAGACUUUUACUAUGAGAUGGACGUGGAUGAUGAUAUGAGGUUAAGGAAUGUAUUUUGGGCUGAUGCCCGAAGUAGAGCUGUGUAUCAAUCAUUCGGAGAUGUAAUUACAUUUGACACAACAUACUUGACAAAUGCGUAUAAGAUGCCUUUUGUAUCGUUUGUGGGUGUGAAUCAUCAUGGUCAGUUAAUCCUAUUAGGGUGUGGAUUGAUAUCUAGUGAGGACACACAAACUUUUGAGUGGUUUUUUGAGUCAUGGUUGAAGUGUAUGAACAACCAAGCACCAAAUGCAAUUAUAGCAGACCAAAACAAGGCAAUACAACUUGCAAUUGUGAGGGUGUUUCCAAAUUCUAGGUAUCGCUUCUGCUUGUCGCACAUCAUGAAAAAAUUUGUUGAGAAGUUUGGAUCACAUUCUCAAUAUGAGGAGAUCAAGAGUACUCUACAAAAGUGCGUGUAUGACUCUUUAACUGAGCAGGAGUUUGAAGAACGUUGGUUCAAUUUGCUUGAUGCCUAUCAUCUUCAAGAAAAUGAAUGGUUGGGAUCGUUACAUAGUGAUAAACGUUUUUGGGUGCCGGCGUAUGUUAAAGACACAUUUUGGGCUGGAAUGUCAAUUACACAACGGAGUGAAAGCAUGAAUGCAUUCUUCGAUAACUAUGUUAACUCCAAGACCACAUUGAAACAAUUUUUAGAUCAGUACAAUUCAGCCCUUAGAAGGAAGGUAGAGAAUGAAGCUGUUGCUGACUUUAAUUCAUUUAACACUGAGAUUCCGUGCAUCAGUCACUAUCCUCUUGAGAAGCAAUUUCAAAAAGCAUACACAAUUUCCAAAUUCAAAGAAGUACAAGAUGAAUUUAGAGGAUUUUUAUAUAUAUCUACCUCACUGCUGGGAUGCGAGGGUGCAAAAUAUACUUACGCAGUUGCCGAUGAGAUUAAAGUGAGUGAUGAAUUCAUAAAACAUGCAAACUUCAUUGUCGCGUUAGAUGAAGAUCCACUUGAAGUUAAAUGCAGUUGCAAGUUAUUUGAGUUUAAGGGCAUAUUAUGUAGACACGCUCUUCGUGUCUUGGUUCUAUUAGGUAAGAAUGAACUACCAUCAAAAUACAUCUUUGAUCGAUGGAGGAAGGAUAUAAAGAGAAAAUACACUUUUAUCAAAAGUAGUUAUGAGGCAAAUUGCAACUCUGAGAGACAAAGGUAUGAUAGGAUCCUAAAUUGCUUUUAUGAACUGGCCUCAAAUGCAUCAAAGACUGAGAAAAGUUGUGUGAAAUUGAUCGAUCAGAUAGAGCAGUUGAAGAUAGAGUACCUUGAAGACAAUUCAAGGUGUGGUGGAAAAACAGAUAAGCCAACUACAUCCAUGGAUGGCACGACAACAAGUACAAGUAAAGCUUUUAGUCCCUUGGUAGUUCAAAGUAAAAAAAAGCCACCAUCUAAGAGAAAAAUGCACCCCGUUGAGACAGAUCUUAGGAAAUCAACUACGAGGAGAUUGCGUUCCUGUGAAGUUGAGCAGAGUAGUCAAUUAUCAAGAGAAGAUAGAGCAAAUGAAUACCAUGAGAGCAGCCCACAACAUGAGGCUCCUCAAACCCAAGAACGACAAAGUCAAGUUUGGACUCAUGUGCCAGAUUAUUUUUGUACUUCUUCGACUGCUCCUCCAUUACAAGAUCAACAAAAUCAAGUUUGGACGCAUAUGCCAAAUUAUUUUUGUACUCCUUCGACUGCUGCUCCAUUGCAGAUGCAACCUUCUCGAUUGCAUCUCUCAGACCCGGACGGAGGCGGCCAUGAUAAUCAGCUUAGAGACCUUAAUGAUGGAGGUCAUUGAUAAAGCCACCUGAUUUUCAGAUGUGGUGCCCAGAAAUUCAUGGUGCCCUGGAAGAAGAAAUGAGAGAAAUUCAUGCUUUAUCAAUUAAGAAAGCUUUGACCCCAAAGCAGUGGAACCAAAAGCGUCAUUCCGAAAAAUCUCAUCCUACUUCUUAGAACAUGGGUUGAGAAUUUUAUGAUAAGUGAACAUGGGUUGAAAAUAAUGUGACAAAAGUGUGUGCUAUUGCUUAUAAGCAUGGAAUGACUUUGGAAUA